AUGGACUAUAAUAGGAUGAACUCCUUCUUAGAGUACCCACUCUGUAACCGGGGACCCAGCGCCUACAGCGCCCACAGCGCCCACAGCGCCCCUACCUCCUUCCCUCCCAGCUCGGCUCCUGCUGUUGACAGCUACGCAGGCGAGACUCGCUAUGGCGGGGGGCUGCCCAGCCCUGCGCUCCAGCAGACCUCAGGCUAUCCUGCCCAGCAGCCGCCCUCGGCUCUGGGGGUGCCGUUCCCCAGCUCCGCACCCUCGGGGUACGUGCCGGCCGCCUGCAGCCCUAGCUAUGGGCCUUCCCAGUACUACCCUCUGGGCCAACCGGAAGGAGAUGGAGGCUAUUACCAUCCUUCGAACUACGGGGCCCAGCUAGGGGGCUUGUCCGAUGGCUACGGAACCAGCGGAGCCGGCCCGGGACCGUACCCCCAGCCGCAGCCCCCUUACGCGAACGAGCAGACAGCGAGUUUUGCACCGGCCUAUGCUGAUCCCUUCUCCGAGGACAAGGAAUCGCCCUGCCGGUCAGAACCCAGCACCCCCACGGCCCGGACCUUCGACUGGAUGAAAGUUAAGAGGAACCCACCCAAGACAGCGAAGGUGUCGGAGCUGGGUCUGGGCGCGCCUGGCGGCCUCCGCACCAACUUCACCACGCGGCAGCUGACCGAGCUGGAGAAGGAGUUCCAUUUCAACAAAUACCUGAGCCGGGCCCGGAGGGUGGAGAUCGCCGCCACCCUGGAGCUCAACGAGACGCAGGUCAAGAUUUGGUUCCAGAACCGGCGAAUGAAGCAGAAGAAGCGCGAGCGGGAGGGAGGCCGGGUGCCCCCAGCCCCUCCAGGCUGUCCCAAGGAACCGGCUGGAGACGCCUCCGACCAGUCGGCAUGCACCUCCCCAGAAGCCUCGCCCAGCUCCGUCACCUCCUGA